CUAGUAGAAAUAUUAGUAGUAGUAAGGACUAAGAAGAAUUGAAAAUGCCAGAAGAAGAUAAAACUGCUGGUUCAGCUGAGAAGGCGGAGAAUAUAAAACCUGGUGAAACAACGGAGACAAAAGUCACUGCGUCGAAUACAACAAGUGGAACUGCUGCACCCGCUGCUGCUGCUGAACAAGAAGCAGAAGAAGUUAAAACGUAUAAAUGUGUGAAUCUUACAGCAUUUGGUGGUUCCAAGCAUGUACGAAUCGAUACGAAUGAAGUGAAACCUGUGGGGAAAAAUGAAGUAGCUAUUGAGGUGCAAGCAUGGUAA